AUGAAUCAUACCAAAAACCAAAAUAUUCCAAAUCAAAACCUCCAAAACACUAUACCUCCUUCAGCAGCUGUAAACAUGUUAAUUGACUUAACAAAAGAUAAUACUGCUGCUGUUAACGCUUAUUGUCCAAUAUUAGCUUCAAAAAAACAACGACGACUUGGAAUCAGGAAUGAUUCUCCAUCGUUAUCUGCUGAUACUAGACCACAAAAACGUAGUAGAAUAGAAGAAGCUCAAGAUUAUAAUCUAUCAACACCGUCUUUAUCAGUUCAAUCGAUUCCAAAUAUUUAUAAUCAAACUAAAUUGCCUAGUACUCGAGAAAUUUUUAAUAAUUCCCCUCCAAUGGCUCCGGCACAGGUUAAACAUGUUGCUUCAUCAACUUAUUUUCCUAACAAUUCUAUAAUAACUCCAGAAUUUACUUCUGCACCCACUUCAAAUGGAAUUCAAUCUUCUUAUGUACUACCAAGUAAUACAAUACUACCACCCGCUUCUGUAAAUUAUUCUUCACAAUAUUUAUCGCAUCCACAAGGUUUCCAAAGACCAUACUAUACUGAAAUUCCUCCUUAUAAUCUGGGAUAUAUUAUGAAUCCCUCCAUGGCUCAAAUACAACAACAUAUUACUUCUAAUUCCCCUCCCAGUAGUUCUAGUAGUACAACUAGUUCUCAAUCCCCUAAUAAUGCUCUGCAAGGUGAAGUUAUCGAUCUAACGACUGAUAGUGAUGACGAUUGUAUUAUCGACGAGAAAGAAACCAACCGAGAUUUGUGCUGGGGGAUGAUCGAAAGUUUAGUAUUAAUAUUAUACCCAAGGCCCUGUACUGGUGGCAAAGGUGAAGAAGAGGUGAAGUUAAAACGUGAAGGGAUUACAGGAAAAAAUCAAGAUAAUGAAUUGUUCGGAGUAGUUGAACAAGAUUUAGCUAAUGUACUGGCUCCAUUGAUGGACGAAAAUCUUAUAUGGACAGAAGCAACGAUUCCAAAAAAUUGGUCUCCUUCAGACCAGAUGAUACCUUUACAUAUUGUAAUAUAUGGACGUCCUGUUAAUACCGAAAUUGUGAGCUCGCAUCUUUAUGAAAGGAAAGUAAUUUUGACAGAUCCAGUAGUUUAUAAUGUAGAGACGCGUUAUGCAAAUCCACAUAGUCUACCUCCCGGUAUCACUCAUUUGAAUAAAAAUAAUCUGAAAUCAUUUAAAGAGUAUUCGGGUGGAAGCAGUGGGACAACAGCCACUAGAUCACCGGAAGAUAUGAAAAAUCAAAUUGAUAAGGUUUUUAAUUCUUUAAUGAAUGCUGAAAGCAUUCCUGAAUUAGAUCCGGAUGAUAGAUUAACUACGACGUUAUAUAAACAUCAAAAACAAGCGUUGUAUUUCCUAAUGAAAAGAGAACAAUACAAUGAUUUUACUGACGAUCAGACUAAUGAAUUAACUACAUUAUGGAGACGUCGAAUUAGCGCAGGACGGCAUACAGUCUAUUACAAUGUAGUAACUAACUCGGAGGUCAAAAUAAAACCCGUUCAGAUGAGAGGGGGGAUUAUCGCCGAUGAUAUGGGUCUUGGUAAAACUAUACAAAUAAUAGCGCUGAUCCUUGCAAAUGAAUAUUCAGACAUGGAUUUGAGAUCUAGGGGAACCCUUAUCGUAUGUCCCCUAUCUACUGUUGCAAAUUGGGAAGAACAACUUGCUGGUCAUGUUCAAGAAAACGCUCUCAAUAUUCAUUGGUUCCGUAUCAUUUUAGAUGAAGCCCAUAUAAUCAAAGAUAUUAACACAGUACAAAGUAAGGCUGCUUGCUCAUUGAAAGCGGAAAGGCGUUGGUGUUUGACUGGAACACCGAUCCAAAACAAGUGGGAAAACUGGAAUCACUACAUUUCACGCCCAAUUAAAUCAAUCGAUCCUGUUGGUAUUAGUAGAUUACAAACUAUAAUGAAGUGUAUAACUCUUCGUAGAACAAAGAUAGUUAAUGGAAAACCAUUAUUGGCCUUACCACCACGCAACGAUCACUAUCGUUAUCUUGAACUUAGUGAUCACGAACGUAAAUUAUAUGAAAAGAUAUAUCGUUCCCAAGCUGAAAGGAUUAAAAAGUUUGCUGAGGAGAACAACAUUAUGCGACAUUAUGUUAACAUUUUGCAGUCUUUAUUACGAUUGCGUCAGAUUUGUGCUCAUUACUCAUUAGUCAAAGAGUCCGAUAUUCCUGACGAUUUAGACGAGGAAAUAGUUAACGAAGGGUUAACUCCGACAAGAGCGUUGAUGUUGCUUAGUAUAGUUAGGGAAAGUGGAGUGGAUCAAUGUGGCUCUUGCCUAUCGGAUUUGGCCCAAACAGUUGUAGUUACUCGAUGUGAACAUUUGUUCUGCAUUGAUUGUGCUAAUAAAAACAUGAGUCAAUUGUUAAGUUCAGCCUCAUUUGAGGACCAAAAAGUUUUGGCGGAUUGUCCAAUAUGCGGGCUGAAAUUAAUUUCUGGAGAUGUUUGUGAAGUUUCCGAUUCUAAAGAUAUUGAGAAUGAUCAUAUUACGAGAUCUGAGGGGGUUGUGAAGGUCCAUAGUACCAAAGUCAAAGCGUUACUUGAAGAUCUGGUUCAAGCAAAGAAAGAUGGUGUGAAAAGCGAUGCUUUAAACGAAAAUGACAUCAUAUAUACUCGAUUAGAUGGCACGAUGCCUCGUGCAGAGCGUACACAAAAUAUGAACAUUUUUAAAAAACAGGAUGAUGUGAGCGUCAUACUCGUUUCUUUGAAGGCUGGUGGCGUUGGGUUGAACUUGACAGCUGCCCAACGAGUAUAUCUUAUGGACCCUUUUUGGAAUCCGUCAGUUGAAAACCAAGCCAUCGACAGAAUUCACCGUCUUGGCCAAACUUGUGCCGUGGAUACUAUAAGAUUUAUUAUCAAGAAUUCUGUGGAAGAAGGCAUACUUCAGUUGCAAGAGCGUAAGUUACGACUUGCUGAAUUAACAUUUUCCGAAAAAUUGAGCAAGCAAGAGAUUACCAGACGUAGAUUGGAAGAUCUCAAAGUUCUUUUUAAAUGA